AUGACCUUCUCAACUAAUCCUGUCGCCAAUUCCCAGGCCAUCGUUUCUGGCUCGAACUUUCGCUUCACAAUUCUAGCCGAUCGUUUGAUUCGGUACGAAUGGGCCUCCGAUGGCUGUUUUGAGGAUCGGGCGUCCACUUUUGCCAUUAACCGCCACUUUCCGACGUCCAAAUUCCACACUGUUGAGAACGAUCAUAAUCUCGAGAUCAUCACCGACCAUUUUCACCUAAGCUAUGACAAGAAACGGUUCUCUCCUGCUGGGCUGGUCGUCCAUUUCAACUUUAAACACACCAACUGGGGGGCUCCAUGGCAGUAUGGACUCUCUGAGGAGCUCAACUUGGGCGGUACAGCUCGGACACUGGAUCUUUGUAACGGUCGUUGCGAUAUGGGAGAGGGAGUGAUGUCCAAGGCAGGAUACGCGGCCCUCGAUGAUUCGGCAUCUAUGCUCUUCGAUGGAGACUUCGUGGCGGGCCGGAAACCUGGCGACCGUAUAGAUGGAUACCUUUUCUGCUAUGGUCAUGACUACAAAGCCGCUAUCAGAGCAUUCUACUCAGUGUCCGGCAAACAGCCCAUACUACCCCGAUACGCCCUGGGCAACUGGUGGAGUCGGUACUAUGCGUAUCACCAGGACGAAUAUGUUCAACUCAUGGAUGAGUUCCGUGCACACGAUAUUCCCAUGUCAGUGGCGGUGGUCGACAUGGACUGGCACCUGGUGUCUGACCCUUGUGUACCCCAUGCCGGAUGGACCGGCUAUACCUGGAACAAAAGGCUUUUCCCAAACCCAGACCAAUUCCGACGUGACUUGCACCAAAGAUGCCUCAAGAUCACCUUGAACGACCACCCUCACAAUGGAGUUCAUUCGCAUGAAGAUUCAUACGAGGAAAUGGCGAAAGCCCUGGGUCACGGAACCGACGAGAAGAGGCCGAUUCUCUUUGAACCCUCUGACGCCAAGUUCAUGAAAGCGUACCUCGAGAUCCUACAUCGUAAUCUGGAGAAGACCGCAUGCGAUUUCUGGUGGAUCGACUGGCAGCAAGGCCCGUACUCCAAAAUCCCUGGCCUCGAUCCCCUUUGGCUUUUGAACCAUUUCCACUAUGUCGAUCACGGACGAGAUGGUAACACCACUCCUCUUAUCUUUUCCCGGUACGCGGGGCCUGGAAGCCAGCGAUACCCUGUGGGCUUCUCGGGCGACACAGUGGUCACUUGGAAUUCGUUGGCCUUCCAACCGGAAUUCACCGCAACAGCCUCGAAUAUAGGCUACGGGUGGUGGAGCCAUGAUAUUGGCGGCCAUAUGUUUGGAGGCAGAGACGACGAACUCGUUACUCGUUGGGUCCAGCUCGGCGUCUUUUCGCCCAUCUUCCGUCUGCACUCUGCAGAUUCGAAGUGGAAUUCUAAGGAGCCGUGGCUGUAUCGUCAGGAAUACGAAAAGGUCAUGUCUGACUUUAUGAAGCUGCGACAUCGAUUGGUGCCAUUCCUGUAUACGUGCAAUGUCGUUGGUUCUGUCGAGGAUGAGCCUUUAGUGCAGCCGAUGUACUGGAUGUAUCCGGACUCUGAUCAGGCAUACUCGUUUCCUAACCAGUAUGUCUUUGGAUCGAAGCUCUUAAUUGCUCCCAUUGUCGAGCCUCGGAAUAGGACGACGAAUUUGGGGGCAGUCAAAGCGUGGCUGCCACCCGGUCCCCGGUUUAUUGACAUAUUUACUGGUCAAUUGUACGACGCAGACCGCGAGAUCAUAUUUCACCGGCGGCUGGAGGAAUACCCUGUUUUGGCCCGUGAAGGAACCAUCAUUCCCAUGGAUGCUAACCCAGCUCCCAGAAAUGGUUGCUUAAAUCCGGACGCGUUUGAGUUCAUUGUUGUAAUCGGCAAUGACGCUGAAGCGACUGUUUUGGAAGAUGCUGGAGACGACGCAAUCAAUUCGACGGCAUGCAAGGGGCAACGAAAAUCUGUUGUCUAUUUCAACCAGGCUGAAGGAAAAGUGACCGCGGAGCUAAUCGACCGGCCCUCGAAAUUCCGUUUCUUGUCGGUAACGUCCGCUCCGGACGACUUAAAAGUUUACUGUGACGGCAUCGAUCGGACGAAGGAUGUCAAAGUAACUGUCGAAGAAGCAACUCAGGCCCCUGGUCUAGUCAUUGAAUGCUCAUUCUCUGAAGUUGGUCAUUGCAUCACUAUUGAGCUCGGUCCCGACCCUCAACUCAGCGUUGUUAAUCCGACACGCCGUCUCGAGUCUCUGAUAAUGGACUAUCAAUGUGAGUUCGAGAUUAAGGACCGGUUGUGGAAAGUCGUGACAGACCACAUGAAACCUGUUAAUGCUGUGAUUGGGACAUUGCUGUCACUUGGGUACGAUGACUUCAUCGUGAGUCCUGUGUCUGAGCAGCUGUUGGCAGAUAGUCGGCUAUGUUCUGCAAGAUAG